GUAUGAAUUUCUGUUGCUGGAAUUUUAAUUAUUUUUCUUGAGUAACUUGCCAAGCAUAUUUUAAUAUUGAUGUUGGCAGAUGCAAACUUCGCAAUCAAAUGUGGUGGCCCAGAUAUCAUUGUGGAUGGGAUAACAUAUGAGGCUGAAACCUCUUCUCUUGGCAUAUCAUCAUUUUUUGUAAUCCAUACUGAGAAAUGGGCUGUUAGCAAUGUGGGUUUGUUUACUAACAGAAGUAAUCAACCCUACAUGCAAAACACCUCGGCACUAGUGAGAAACACAAACUCACCGGAGCUUUAUCAAACUUCGAGGAUAUCCCCUGGAUCACUCAGAUAUUAUGGCUUAGGCCUAGAGAAUGGGCCUUACAAAGUUAACUUGCUUUUUGCAGAAACAGCUUUCGAUGAUCAAAGCAAACAAACUUGGAAGAGUCUGGGAAGACGAGUGUUUGAUAUUUAUAUUCAGGGAACAAUCGUGUUGAAGGAUUUUGACAUAUUAAAAGAGGCAGGUGGGGUUGAAAGAGCAAUUAAUAAGAGUUUCAUUGCCACUGUGACGGAGAACCAUCUUGAAAUUCACCUAUUCUGGGCUGGUAAGGGAACUUGCUGCAUACCAGAAGGAGGUGACUAUGGACCAUCCAUUUCAGCAAUCAGCGUGGUAUCAAGGCUUCUUGGAGUAGGACCCAGACCAAACACCUUCAGUUAUGCCGAGUUGAGAGCUGCAACAGAUGACUUCAAUCCCUCAAAUAAGUUAGGAGAAGGGGGAUUUGGUCCUGUAUACAAGGGUAAACUUUCUGAUGGGCGGGUAGUAGCUGUGAAGCAGCUUUCGGUAGCAUCUCACCAAGGGAAGAGUCAAUUUGUUACUGAGAUUGCUACCAUAUCUGUGGUGCAACAUCGCAACCUUGUUCAACUGUACGGAUGCUGCAUUGAAGGAAACAGAUGCCUCCUUGUUUAUGAGUAUCUUGAGAACAAAAGCCUUGACCAAGCACUCUUUGGAAAAAGAGAGUUGCAUCUUGAUUGGCCAACCAGGUUCAAUAUCUGCGUGGCAACUGCAAGAGGACUAGCUUAUCUUCAUGAGGAAUCAAGGCUGAGGAUCAUACACAGAGACGUGAAGGCAAGUAACAUUUUGCUUGAUGCGGAGCUGUGUCCAAAAAUAUCUGACUUUGGAUUGGCAAAGCUAUAUGAUGACAAGAAAACUCACAUCAGCACCCGCGUUGCAGGAACUAUUGGCUAUUUGGCACCAGAGUAUGCAAUGCGUGGCCACCUCACUAAGAAGGUAGAUGUUUUUGGCUUUGGUGUUGUUGCUUUGGAAAUCGUCAGUGGAAGACCAAACUCUGACAACAGCCAAGACAAUGACAAGAUCUAUCUUCUUGAACAGGCAUGGACUCUGUAUGAAAGCAACCAAUGUCUUGGGCUGGUGGAUCCAACCCUAGUGGAGUUUGAUGAAAAUGAAGCUUUAAGAAUGAUAAGAGUGGGACUUCUGUGCACGCAAGCAUCACCAAUGAUGCGACCACCCAUGUCAAGGGUUAUAGCUAUGCUUGCUGGGGAUAUAGAAGUGAGCCCUGUUGCAUCAAAACCAAGUUAUUUAACUGACUGGGAUUUUGAGGACAUAACAGCCAGCAUCGAGGCUGAAAACACACCAUCAACUAGAUCUGAGCACGAUAAUAACAACAACAAGAACGAUCUUAAUCCAGGGAUAGAGCUGAUGCCUUCUCCAUUAAACAUUACUGAAUUCAGUGACACUAUUGCGAAAGGAAGGUGAGAGAUGUUUUUCCUUAAAAGCUCCAUUUUGCCACUUCUCUUGCUUGACCUCUGCCACAUAUUUUCUAGCUCAAUAAAAUAGAUACUGAAAUUGUGUGAAUUUCUGUCAUUCGAAUGCUUUCCUUUAUAUGU